AUGCAGACAAUUAAGCUCCAAUCAUCAGACAAUGAAAUCUUCGAGUGCGAUCUUGCCGUUGCAAAGUGCUCAGCCACUAUUCGCACAAUGUUGGAAGAUUUAGGCAUUGAUGAGAAUUCAGAAGACGAAGUAGUUCCUUUACCAAAUGUCAAUUCUGCCAUUUUACGAAAGGUCAUUCAAUUCUGUACCUAUCAUAAAGAUGAUCCAGUUCCUUCAAGUACUGAUGAUGAUGAAAAUAAGGAAAAACGUACAGAUGACAUCACUUCAUGGGAUGCUGACUUUUUGAAGGUCGAUCAAGGAACUCUCUUCGAACUUAUUUUGGCAGCAAAUUAUUUAGAUAUCCGUAGCUUAUUGGAUGUGACAUGCAAGACUGUCGCUAAUAUGAUCAAGGGAAAGACACCAGAUGAAAUCCGUAAGACCUUUAACAUUAAGAACGAUUUUACACCAGCCGAAGAAGAACAAGUACGCAAGGAAAAUACAUGGUGUGAAGAAAAGUAAAGGAAAGUA